AUGGCUUCCCAGCUUUCAAUGCUCUCAUUGCGCAUGAAGUCUGCCGCAAAGGUUCUACCGCCAAUUAUUAACCCGUCUUUUGGAUCCAAUUUUGAUCAGUUUGGGGAUUGCAAAGUUGUUCUAAUAGGUGACGGCAGUCAUGGUACUUCCGAGUUCUACCAGGCUCGUGCAGAGAUUACCAAGCAUCUUAUUGAACAUCACGGCUUUGACACAGUAGCUGUGGAAGCCGACUGGCCCGAUGCAGAAUCGGUAGAUCGUAUGGGUUUAUCCAUCCAAGCCAUAAUCAAAUAUCUCAGUCGGGUCGAUCCGCCUAUGGCCAAACUUGCGCGUCAGAGAUACGGUUGUCUACAACCGUGGGUCGACGAUCCAUCACAGUAUGGUCUUGCCACUCUGACUAAUCCACGCAUGGAAUCUUGCGAGAAGAAUGUUAUCCAAAUGCUCCGUGACCUCCUCAAUAAACGGCUGGAGUAUUCCGCAAACGAACAUAAUGGCGAGGAAUUCCACAGCUCCGAGCAGAACGCCUACCUAGUUGCUGAUGCUGAGGCAUACUAUAAAGCCAUGUACAGCAGAUCAGCAGAUUCUUGGUCUCUCAGAGACUCUCAUAUGUUCGAGACACUACGUCGGUUGCUUAAUGUCAAGUCGGAGUCCUCCAAAGCGGUGGUUUGGGCACAUAAUAGCCAUAUUGGCGAUGCUAGAUAUACAAGCAUGGGUACUCGGCGUGGAGAGCUCAAUAUUGGCCAGUUAUGCCGGGAGAAUCUGGGGCAAGAAAAUGUUGCUCUUGUGGGUUGCUUCACGCAUACGGGCACUGUUGCUGCCGCCCAUGAUUGGGACGAGGAUGUCCAAGUGAUGAAAGUAAAUCCAUCUCGACCUGAUAGUUGGGAGUAUGUGGCGCAUGAAAGUGGCAUCCCAAGUUUUCUAUUGGACCUUCGACCUAAUCAAGCAGACCCUGAGCUCCGACGAGCUUUGGCUCAGGAACGAAAAGAAAGAUUUAUCGGGGUUGUAUAUCGACCUCAAACCGAAAUAAUGUCUCAUUAUUCCGCAGCUUCUCUGUCGCUCCAAUUCGACGCUAUGGUUUGGUUUGACGAAACUCACGCAGUUACGCCUUUUGAGAUCGCACAACCGCACACGGCUCUUGGUGUGGAUGAAACGUACCCAUUCGGCCUAUAA